AUGCCGGCCAUGCCUGGUCAUCAGCGUAACGUUUCUCAAGGACAACAUCUCAUUGUCGAUCGCACAGAUUCAGGAGAUGAUGAAGAUGUAGAACGCUGUAAUGGCACCAGGACACCACCCAUUUCACAGGGUGUUUAUCCUGGCGGCAGUCCCACCCAUGAACAUUACAGGCCUCAAGAUAACAAAGCCAAAGGGUUAUGUAGUGACCCACAGAUCCAAGCAAAUGUUAAAGUAAUUCUUGGAUCCAUUGUUCUUACAGUUGUUGGAACAAUUUUACUUGUCGUUGGCGUUAUGGCAAUGUUCAAGCCGGAGGAAGGACCGCAAGGCUGGGUGUUCUUAUUUGCUGGCUUUUUAUGUUUCGUUCCCGGAUUCUACCAUGUGUACUACAUAUUAUGCACAUUGUGCGGUCGACCGGGAUACUCAUUCGAUAAGUUACCGACGUUCAAUAGAUAA